UGCGGUCCCAGGGGUCCCGCCUGCCGUCCGUCCACCGCGCGGUCGCAGUCAGAGCCCGGCUCGGGGCGGACGCUCAUGAACGCAGGUGAGAGGCGGCGACUGAACGGCGGGCGGCGGCGUGUCCCACGGGCCGGGCACUCGGGCGCGCUCCGGCAUCCGGUCUGUGUUUCCUGGUCCUCCGGGGCGCUUGCCCCGGUGCUUCCUUUUGCUGUCGGCCUCACUUCCAAUCGAAGGUCAGGGCGUCAGGCCUCGACCCCAGGGGCGACCCUUCCACGUGGGAAAGGUGGGCGCGAGCCUCCAGCAGAGACCGCCCUUGCCAGCCCCGCGUGGGAAGCGCCGGGAUCGCGAGGAAACGCGACACGUGCACCGCGACGGCCCGGGCACGGAGCCGCAGGGAGCUGGCACCUGACGCGCCUGCGCCCACCCGACUUGGUGGCGCGUCACCUCCCCCGGGAUCGCCCACCCAAGUGCCAACUCACGUGGCCCCGCCCUAGCGACCGUUGCUAAGGGGCGUGGCUCAGCCCCUCAGAACCCGAGCCUCCUGCGGCUUAUAAAUAUUUGCGUAUUCAAAUGAGGACCCGCCCACGUUGCCAUGGGGCCCAGGCCGCAACCCCGCAGCCGGAAGAACAGCCUGGAGUAGGAGACAGCGCCUGGCGGCGGAGGGCGCCCAGGGCCGAGCUGCCAGGGCCGGACACCUGGGCUGAGCCCUCAGACCAGGCCACUGAGGCACCCGGAGCCUGAGCCGCUGCCCUGCUCCAACACUCCCGCCCACCACCUCUGUCAACGGCCAGCCAACUGCCUGGCGCAGGGGCAGCUGUAGACAGGAUGGAGAGGAUACAUCUUCAAUGUCCAUAUGUGGUCAACAGAUGAAAGCCACGGCCAGGAAGUUCUAAGUGGCUACAUGUGCAUCUGCCUGUUCACGGAUUCCUUCCACAAAUAUUUGUGCGUCGUCUCCUGCGGCUGUGGAUAGCAGAGGAGCACCCAGGCCACGUGCAGGCCACGUGCAGCCAACAGCGCUGGGGCGAGGCAGGCCCUCAACCGAACACAUAUACAGUCGGGGUUUCACCAUGUUAGCCAGGAUGGUCUCCAUCUCCUGACCUCGUGAUCUGCCCACCUCAGCUUCCCAGAGUGCUGGGAUUACAGGCGUGAACCACUGCGCCCUGCCAGACGUCUGCAUCUUUAAGGGGCAACACUAGCUGGGCCCGUGGAUGGUCAGGUCCUGGGCUGACCCGCUCACCUCUGGGUGCUGUGACCUCAGCCCGGCCCAUUCCAGGUUCCCCUGGGCACAGUAAACUGGCCAGGAAGCCACCCUGACUCUUGCAGCAGGUUACAUGUGAAUGGACCCAGGCUGGGACAGAUCCCAUGGGCCUCGGCCAAGCACCUCCAGCUUCCGGGUGCGGGAGCUGAGCUGGCAAGGCCUGCACAACCCCUGCCCACAGAGCAAGGGCCCUGGCAGCCAGAGGGACAGCCUUGGAGAGCAGCUGGUGGAAGAGUACCUGUCCCCUGCCCGACUGCAGGCCCUGGCCCGGGUGGAUGACCUUCGGCUGGUGAGGGUGCUGGAGAUGUGUGUGGACACCCGUGAGGGCAGCCUGGGGAACUUUGGAGUGCACCUGCCCAUCCUGGACCAGUUGAAGCUGAACGGCAGCCACCUGGGCUCCCUCAGGGACCUGGGCACGUCUCUGGGCCACCUGCGGGUGCUAUGGCUGGCUCGCUGUGGCCUCACUGACCUGGAUGGCAUUGCCUCUUUGCCAGCACUUAAGGAACUCUACGCCUCCUACAACAACAUCUCGGACCUGAGCCCACUGUGCCUGCUGGAGGAAUUGGAGGUGCUGGACCUGGAGGGCAACAGCGUGGAGGACCUGGGGCAGGUACGCUACUUGCAGCUGUGCCCACGCCUGACCACACUUACCCUGGAGGGCAACCUGGUGUGCCUACAGCCGGCCCCCGGCCCCACCAACAAGGUGCCCAGGGGCUACAACUACAGGGCAGAGGUGAGGAAGCUCAUCCCCCAGCUGCAGGUCCUGGACGAAGUGCCGGCUGCACACACAGGCCCACCGGCCCCCCCGAGGCUGAGCCAAGACUGGCUUUCGGUGAAGGAGGCCAUCAAGAAGGGCAAUGGCCUCCCCUGGCUGGACUGUCCCCGUGGAGGCCCCAUGCGGAGACUCGACCCCGAGCUGUACCUGCCUGAGACGCAGCCCCGGGCCUCCAGGCCCUGGCCCUUCUCCCUGCUGGUCCAUGGGGGCCCCCUGCCUGAAGGCCUGCUUUCUGAGGACCUGGCCCCAGAAGAUAACACCAGCAGCCUCACCCAUGGUGCUGGCCAAGUCCUGUGUGGGAACCCCACCAAGGGCCUGCGGGAGCGUAGGCACCAGUGCCAGGCCAGGGAGCCCGCGGAGCAGCUGCCCCAGCACAGGCCAGGAGAUCUGGCCGCCAGCACUUCCUCCCCAGAGCCUGACCCUGCAGACAGCUCUGACUUCCUGGCCUUGGCUGGGCUUAGGGCCUGGAGGGAACUUGGCGUGCGCCCCCUCCCCUAUAGGCACCCGGAGUCCCAACAGGAAGGGGCUGUAGCCCCCUGGGGCCCACGGAGGGUCCCUGAAGAGCAAGUGCACCAGGCAGAACCCAAGACUCCCCCCAGCCCCCCGAGCCUGGCCUCAGAGCCCUCCAGGACCUCGAGCCAGCACCUGGUCCCUUCCCCUCCCAAGCACCCAAGGCCACGAGAUUCUGGCAGCAGCUCCCCACGGUGGCCGACAGACCUGCAGUCCAGGGGGCGUCGGCUCCGAGCCCUGGGCAGCUGGGGGCCUGGCCUGGAUGAUGGGGUAGCUGCAGUGCCUGUCCUGAGAGCCCUGGAGGUGGCCUCGGGCCUGAGCCCUCGAGCCCAGGGACAUCCUGGCCCAAAGCCAGCACCAGAUGCAGCAGCCAGACCUCCCAGGGCAGCUGAACUCUCUCACCCCAGCCCCGUCCCCACUUAGUGUAGCCCCCACUGCCAAGCUCGCCUGUGCUGGGGCCACCACCUGCCCACAUAUGUGGUCACGGAGCACAGACCAUCUGGGCGGGUGUGUUGGGGGGUGGAGGGAGUGCCUGGCCCUGGGGAGGACCCUCUUGGUGGAGGGGAGUGGGGGACUGGAACCCGCCAGGAAGGCAGCAGAGGCUGGAACAGUUUAGGCCCACAACUGGGUUUGGCCUGGGGAGGGAGGGUCCCGCUCCCCAGCCCUUCCUUAGGGCCAGGCUUUCCCUCGGGCACGGAGGUGGGGGGACUGGUCACCGGCAGGCCUGUCAGAGGCCUCUCCUGCUAGAGUUGGGCGUGGCCGAGGGGCAGGGGCUGGAGCUGCGAGUCCAGUCCGCCACCCCCUUGCUGGCCCCAGGGUAAGAGCCACCUCCUAGGCCGCUGUGGCCCAGGGUUCCAGCUGCUCGCCCCGAGGCCGCCGGGGGUGCGGCCCAGGCCUCCCGUCUCCUGGGAUCUGUAGGACUCCCGCGCCGCGAUAGGGCGGCCCGUUCCCUCCUCUUGGCGCAGGACGCCCCGAACCCAAGCGCAACAUUUUCAACUCUCAGGUGUACAGAAAUGCGGUUUACUUUGUAGGCCACGUUGGUUCAAUAAAUGAUGCUGCGGACACA